CUCCCUGUUCACAAUUGGACGAAACAGCGCCUAUUUUGUAGCAAUGUUUGGUGUGAAAAGGCUUAGUGCUCGAGUGCUUGCGCUGAGAAGUGGGAUCAAACCACAUUUUACGAGUUUCCCUCGAGUUCCAGCGAGAUGCUACGCGUCAAAGUCCAGCAGUGACAACAAGAUCAACCUGAAGGGAUUCAUUACCGUGGGCAUCUUUGCAUCGAUCAUCCUCACACAGGUUGUGGAUGCGGUGUUGAAGGAGAAGCCAAGACCACGCUCGAUGUCGGAGGCUGAGUACUACAGACAGCAGCAGAGACUGAAGCGUAAAGUUGCCCGUUUCACGGAUGCGCAUAAACAAGUGUAUCUGUUGAAGAGCGAUAAGCCAUUGAGCGCUGACGACGUGAAACUGGACAACGUGACUGUGAUAGACCCAAAGGAGCUGGUACAGGCCGAGAAGGACGAUGAGUCGUCCAAAUUCUAUGCGCUGUUGAACGACCCUGAGCUCAGGGACAUACCAAGAGGUGUUGUGAUCGAUCUCAUCCUGAAGUACUUGGAGAGCCAUCCCGAUGGUAAGUACCUGGUGCUGAACUUCCCAACUGACAUCAAGGAAUCCACACAGUUUGAAGAUAAAGUGGUUACUGUGAAGAAGCUCAUAUCUUUAAAUGCGCAGGGAAUUGACGAUUUGGUCAAGUAUUACAAGACGGUUGAUAAAGUUAAAGAUAUCUCUUCGAUCUCUGAAUUAAAGACUGUGUUUGAAUGAGCAUGUUGGCUCCUGUUAUAUAUAGCGCAUCUUCUUUUAUAUACAUAAACCUUGUAAAUAAUACAUCCUGUU